UGUCCUAAGCCCUGGAAUGAGCAGUGCUGUAAAAAUCGUGCAUAAGUAGCAACAACAACGCACCGCAAAAACAAAUGCAUUUGCUUAUAAAACGUUUACUGAAAGCUUGUUGAUAUUUAUUUCAAAACAAUGUCGGAUGAUAAGCCAAGUACAUCAGCGUUUGCAUUUAAAAAGCGAAAUGUUAACAGAGGUGCAGCCAUGCGGAGGAAAAAGAGCAGCAGCAGUAGCGAAGCAGCAAAAAGUAGUGAUGAGGAAGUCAAUAGUAAAACUAGCUCCAUGCUGCGUGCCGAAAAUAGACGUAAACGCACCAAUCCUAACUUCCAGAGCACGAAGACGCUGAGUAAACGAAAAGCAGGUGUGGAAGCGGCAGAGCACGAUUCCUCAGAUAGUGAUGCAGACAAAGAUGCAUUGGGAGUGGCCUAUAAGUCGAAGCGCGAGGCAUUGCCCAGUGGUCCGAAUGAUCAGGGUGCUACAGCGGUCAAUGAGAUGGAUACUCAGUUAGAUCGCGAUGCUCAGGCUAUACAUGCCCGUUCGAUUAAGAUAAAUGAGGAGCUGGAGGGCAAGGCAGAUGAUAAGAUAUAUAGGGGUAUUAACAAUUAUGCACAGUACUAUAAGAAAAAGGAUACGGCGGCUGGCAAUGCAAGCUCGGGCAUGGUUAGAAGUGGUCCAAUACGCGCCCCAGCUCAUCUCCGCGCUACAGUGCGCUGGGAUUAUCAACCGGAUAUUUGCAAGGACUACAAAGAAACGGGAUUCUGCGGCUUUGGUGACAGCUGUAAGUUCUUGCAUGAUCGCAGUGAUUACAAGGCUGGCUGGCAGAUGGAAAAGGAUCACGAGGCGGAAAAGCGUGGUGAAUGUGACUCUGAUGGCGACGAACACAAAUAUGAGAUACACUCCGAUGAGGAAUGUCUGCCUUUCAAGUGCCACAUAUGCAGGCAAAGCUUUACUAAUCCCGUUGUAACUAAAUGCAAGCAUUAUUUCUGCGAGAAGUGUGCGCUGGCGCAGUACAAGAAGUCACAACGUUGCAUUAUCUGCUCACAGCAAACAAAUGGAAUAUUUAAUCCAGCCAAGGAGUUAAUAGCGCGGCUAAGAACUGCACCCAUGGAACAGUCAGAUGAUGAUGAUGAUGAUGAUGAUCACAAUGAUAAAGUACAAGCUGAUAACAAAGAGGAAGCACCGCUGGAAAUUUCUUCUGAAGAAGACAGUGAUUAAAGUUCGCUUUAUCUGUUAAGUUUAAUACAUUUGCAAAAUUUGGAAAA